AUGUCAACUGUUGGCACUUGGUUUAGUGCUGGCCAUUCGACUGUGGUUCUAAUAGUUUGCAUAGUAGUAGCUGCUACUUCUACUACAUUUAAAGAUCGAUGGGAUAACUUUCAGACUGUUGGAGGGAUAAUUGGGACUUCAGUAAGUAUGGGACUAUUGCUUCUAUUGGCAAUUGGAAAUGCAGUUUUACUAGUUCGUUUAGGUCACCGGCUUGCGAUAUAUCGUAAGACUGGCAUCAUGAAUGAUCAAGGCCUUUCGAGUUAUUUUGCUCAAAAAAUGCAGAAAUUGUUUAAGUUGGUAAAUUCUCCAUGGAAAAUCUAUAUACUUGGCUUUGUUUUCGGUUUGGGAUUUGAUACCAGUACCGAGGUUUCUCUAUUGGGCAUUGCUACUUUACAGGCUUUGAAAGCAACUUCAAUAUGGACUAUUUUACUAUUCCCCAUUGUAUUCCUGGUUGGAAUGUGCUUGGUCGAUACUACAGAUGGCGCACUCAUGUAUUACGCAUACUCAUACUCGGCACGAGAAAGCAAUCCUUAUUUUUCUAGACUUUAUUACUCAAUAAUAUUAACUCUUGUUUCAGUGAUUGCUGCGUUUACGAUUGGUAUUAUCCAGAUGCUUACGCUAAUUGUGAGUGUUCAUCCGAUGGAAAGCACAUUUUGGGAUGGCCUCAAUAAACUAUCUGAUAAUUAUGAGAUAGUUGGAGGAUGCAUCUGUGGCGCCUUUGUUUUAGCAAUUUUAUUUGGUAUUUGCAUGCAAAACUACUUUGAGAAGAUGUUCUCACCUAUAGUGCAAGAAAAUGAUGAUCAAGGCAUAGAAGUUUCGAAAAUUGAUGAGCAACAUGAAAAUCCAAAAAAGAGCUCAAGCUCUAUCCAAAUUUCGGAGACGGAGAGUGGAAACCCGUAUUUUGAUGUUGUCGCUUCUAAAAUUUAA